CAAACAGAUUAGUCAAAUAACCUCUCCGGGUAGGACAUACCUCCCCUCCUCCUCCUCCUCCUCCUCCUCUUCCUCGGGCUUGCCUGGCUUCAUGCAUGGGGCUGAAGAAGCAAGAUAGUCUGACAAAAUAGCCAGGAAGCCCUCGGAGAAAGUGCACUACUUUUUCUUUCUCUUUUUUUGUGUGUGUGUGUUGGUUGCUGCUGCUGUGUCUGGGUGAGACGGCUGUGGUGAUCCUCCAGCAGCCUCUCUUCUUUUUCUUUUUCUUCUUCUCCCCCCCCCUCCCUCUCUCUCUCUCUCUCUCUCUCUCUCUCUCUCCACCUCCCCCUGGUGCGAAAUGGCGAAAGAAAACGGCGAGUCCAGCGAUGGAUCUUGGAAAAAGCAUGUCGAUGAUAUCAAGAAGAUAUUUGACUUCAAGGAAGUCCUCGGCACUGGUGCGUUUUCUGAAGUGGUGAUGGCUCGGGAGAAGGCCACGGGAAAGAUGGUGGCAAUCAAGUGCAUCCCGAAGAAAGCGCUGAAGGGAAAGGAGACAAGUAUCGAGAAUGAAAUCGCCGUGCUUAGGAAGAUAAAGCAUGAGAAUAUUGUGGCUCUGGAGGACAUCUACGAGAGCUCAAACCACCUGUACCUCAUAAUGCAGCUGGUGUCUGGAGGCGAGCUGUUUGACCGCAUCGUAGAGAAAGGCUUCUACACAGAGAUGGAUGCUAGUCGGCUCAUUCGACAGGUUUUGGAUGCGGUCAACUAUCUGCACUCUAUGGGCAUAGUGCACAGAGACCUGAAGCCAGAGAACCUGCUGUACUUCAGUCCCCAUGAUGAAUCAAAAAUCAUGAUCAGCGACUUUGGCUUGUCAAAGAUGGAGGGAACAGGUGACGUGAUGGCCACGGCCUGUGGGACUCCAGGAUACGUCGCUCCUGAGGUUUUGGCUCAGAAGCCCUACAGUAAAGCCGUGGACUGCUGGUCUAUUGGGGUCAUCGCUUAUAUUCUGCUGUGCGGUUACCCUCCGUUCUAUGACGAGAAUGACUCCAAGCUCUUCGAGCAGAUUCUCAAGGCAGACUAUGAAUUUGACGCGCCAUACUGGGAUGACAUAUCAGACUCCGCCAAAGACUUCAUCAGCAACCUCAUGGAGAAGGACCCAGAGAAGAGAUUCAUAUGUGACCAGGCUCUUCAGCACCCUUGGAUUGCUGGAGACACGGCUCUCUGCAAGAACAUUCAUGAAUCCGUCAGUCGACAGAUGCGGAAAAACUUUGCCAAAAGCAAAUGGAGGCAAGCCUUCAAUGCGACGGCUGUGAUCCGCCACAUGAGGCGUCUGCAGCUGGGCACCAGCUUUGGCAGCAGCAUCCACAACACCGUGUCCAGCCCUCAGAGUCGGGCUCCAGCCAAGAGCCAGUCUGUGGACUGCGCCCCGCUCUCCCUGAAGGACUGUCCUCCAAUAGAGCCUUUGCCCUCUACUGUUACAGUGUUCAAUCAGGACUCUGACGCCCCCUCUGCUGUACUAGAGGAACCCUCCGUGGUGGCCGAGCCAUCACGCCCGCGGCCCUCCACCGUUACGGUCAUCCACACUGGGACUAAAUGACGCCAGGUUCCGCGGGAGGUGAGCUGGGAGACCACGGAGCUUUGAGUCGGGAAACAACCAAUCCCAGGCCUCAACGUCGUCGCCCAGUUUGCUCAUCCCGCAACCUCCCACCUGUUUCUGCCAACCACGGGAGGAAUUUGAGGAGCGUUGGCUCAGCCCGGCAGCCCCACUCUCAUACAGACCAGGAGGUACAGAGGGGGAAGAUGCUCACCAGAAGUUGUUAUUGUGGAAGCCAAACUAGCCUGCAUCAUGGUUGUCUGGCAAAUAAACCGGCAGCUGGGAAGUGCCACACUAAAGGGAACUCUUUAUUGACACUGCUAUCAGUUUUGACUGUGAGUGUCUUGAGAAACGGACGCUCCGCUGUAUGCCUUGUGUAAAUAUCCUGCUUGGAAAUGUUGCGUGGAGUCGUGUUAUGCAAGUGAAAUAUAGGCUUCAAGCUGUGGUGAAUAAUUGUGAAAUCAUCUGCACUCUGAACUUCUUCUUGUCGUCUUGACAGCUCUUGUUAAUUUGCUGUGGUGUUCGCUACAAUGGCUCCCAACAGUGUGACCGUGUGUGUGUGUGUGUGUGUGUGUGUGUGUGUGUGUGUGUGUGUUAUCUCUUUUUGCUUUAAAGUGUGUGAACAGGGAAUGUGAGCAGGACUGUGUGCUUUAAUCACGGCUGUGAUCACUGAAAGGGCCGGUGCAUUGCACAAAUACUUGGAUUAUUUAUUUUCUUACAAUAUAUUAUGACUUUUGUAAGGUAUGUGUAAAUGUGCUAUUAGACACGACUGAAAAGCUAUUGAAUUGAAUGAUAAAGAUACAGUAUCUAAUAGUUGUUACUUUGUAAUAGAUGUCUUAUUUGAUUAAUUAUUUUUUGGGACGUGACUGUGAAGUCCUCCAUGACCACAGGAGGGCAACCACGUGUUGUUACUGUGUGACCAGUUCUCAGGGAUGUGCUCCAACAUGAAACCAACCGAACCCCUCUCACUGCUGAUGAGGAUGUGGAUGGUGAAAUAGUCCAAAAGUAAAACCUGCAAAUACUGCAUGUUACUCUUAUGUGCCAUUGUGAGAGUUUGACAGAUGUCAAUGAGGGUAUGAGGGUAAUGUAACUUGUACUGAAUGUAUUGUUUCUCCCUUUAAAAACCUUGAAACAUAUUUGGAUUUAAAGAAAGCUGUGUUUAUCAGUGAAGUAAGCUUAAAAAAUGUAAAAUGAAUGCAAACGUAUCUUCAUAACGAUUGCUCCCAUUGCAGGAUUAAUCAGUAGUGUUCAGUUCAGUAGUCGUAAUAUCGUGCUCUGCUUCCGCUCAUGGAGUGGCUCACUCUGUUUAAUCACUGUGCUUUCAUACCAGCCUGUUGAAUUUAGCAGAAAGACUCUUCUUCUCACUCCAGAGACUUCCACACACAGGAAAAAGAAGGGAUCUGUCUUUGUAUUUCCUCCGUGGUACCUCUAUUUGAUUUUAAACCGUUCAACAUGAAUGGUAAAAAAGAGAACACUCCACCAGAAUAUGCCCAAUAUCGAGAGCUUUGCCAUCUUGAAUUAUCUAAAAAUGUUGUGGUGAAUAUUGACAUCGAUUUACUGUAAAUACAAAGCUCAACAACACAGUUGGCUUGGGUCUUGAGUGUUCAUUUUUGUCUUCCCUAUAUUUCAUCCCCCCUAAAAAAACAUCAGAAAGCCCCUCAGUUUGCAUGUAUUUACAUAUUGUUGCAGAAAUGUGCUGUGUAGUUGUAGAGAUUCAUGUAUUAAAGAAAUGCAUGCAUGAGUUGUUGCUUCUUUAAGAGGGAGUAAAUGGUCAAAUCAGUUCAGUUUGUACACAUUUAUCACAAUAA